AUGUCAUGGCUUGUUUUGUGUGUAAAGCAGAAGGGGCACCAUAUAGAUGCAUGGACUGUGCUCAUUGCCCAUUGUCUUGUAAAACGUGUUGCAUCAAGCAACACAAACUCAGACCAUUCCAUUGGGUACAAAAAUGGAAUGGAAGAUUCUUUGAAGACUUCACUCUACAGCUGGUUGGCUUGGUGCUACACUUGGGCCAUGCUGGAGCACCAUGCCCAGCAGGAGAAGGUUCUUGGGAGGAUGCUGCCAGCCAUCCUAUUCCUGGCUACAUCUAAGGCACCAAGGAUGGCUUUCACUUUCCAGGUGCUGGAUGACUUCAUCAGGGACAAUGUUGAAUGUGGAACGUCUGCCAUGAACUAUUAUAGCAAACUUCAGAGAGUCACCUCAAGCACAUUUCCUCACCUAGUGCCAGGAUUCCAUCAACAGUCACCUGAUCCCCAGGCCAGUGAACUUGUCCUCUUCUGCCCUGCCUGUCCCCAGCCAGGGAUCAAUUGUGCUAGGACCUUUGUGAUGGACAGCAACUUCAAGGCCAAGCAUAUGCUGCCCAAAAAUGCUGCUGAAGAGGUUUGGCUCAUGGAUGGAAAUGGCUUCAUGGUCACAUCAGCUCCAUACAAGGAAUAUUUGACUGGGACUAAAUCCAACUGCAAUAACCACCAGGCUGUUAAUCAAGCAAAUGCACAAAGGAAUAAGUUGGAAUUGACCAGGAUUGGUGGAUGUGCCUGUUAUAGCAAGAACUUGGCCCACCAGCCUGAGGAAAAUAGAUAUCUCUCUCUGCCUUCCAGAUUACAGAUUCAGCCCAGAAUUGGACUAUGGCAUGUCCAUGGCCAUCAGACAGAGUGCUUCACCAGAUAUGCUCCAAACUUUAUUCUGGGUGCUGGACAGGUGGACAGUGAAAUCAUGGAGACCCUCUGGUCUUCUCUCAACAUAAUCUCACCAUCAGCCCAGGGAAUGGCAACAGCACACUGUCAGGAGUUGCUGGACUUCCAAAUGAAUGAUACAUCAGCAUUGAAAUGGAAGUUCAAGGUUGCCAAGCAGUCAUUAGCAACAAUCCAAGAUAAAUUCAACAAGUUGGAUAGCAAAGUACCAGAUGGCUUGCAUCAGUUAUGGGUGGAACAAGAACUUGUGGUGCAGUCAUGCUGGCAGAAUACUCCACAGGCCAUGGACAUAUAUGAAGUCUGGCUGGAGAAGGCACCCACCAUGAAAGCCAUUGAGAUUGACCUAAUCCAUAACAACUGUUCAUUCAGCAGCUCAUGUGGUUCAGCUACUUGGAUUGCAUGGGCAUUAAAGGUUGAGCAGGCUCAAAUAAUGGACACCAGGGCAACAGAGGCAGAACAGUUGUCGAUUUCGCACUGGCAAGACCAGUUGCAAUCACAGAUUGAUGCACUAGUGCAUGGAGCAGCCCAGUUCAUCAGAAAUGACUGGCAAGUUAACCCCAGGCAAAGGCCCAGAAGUAUAGCCCCAUUUGAUGGGGACAGUAACAACAAAACUGAUGAUCUGUUCCUCCCUGAUCAUCCUGGUCACCAGAAGUAUUUCCAUGACAUUGGCCUCAGCAGUCUUGUGGAACAGGAAAUACAUCUGAGACAGGGCCAGGCAAAUGAUGCAUUGCAUGAAUUGUGUCUGGCCCUUGUGGACAAGGCUGUGAUAAUUCAUACAGAUGUCUGGAAAGGAGGGAACUACAAAAUGACAACCCAGGCAUGGGGGCAGAUAUCCAAUGCAGAGGCAAUGCAACUCAUUGCACUGGGGGCUGGGGAGGACAUCCUUGGCAAAUACCAAGAAUUGAAUAGGGCAGACCUGACUCUGCAUACAAAAGUGCUAUGGGAUCACUGGGAAGAAGAGCUAGAGUUACUCACACUGGAGACUGGGUGGACACAGAAAUUCUUCUUACACAAGGAGAAAUUCUGGAGUGGCUGGCAUAUGGAGGCAUUGGCAGUGGGCAAUACUGGCUUCACAUGUUAUAUGGCUAGGCAGUCCCAGAUGUAUUGGGAUUUAGCCAGAACACUAGGAUGUACUUCAAGAUAUGAAUUGGAAGAUUAA